AUGGACGAUGGCAAGUCGUUUUGCUGUAAGUGCAAAGAAAGCAAAGUGCGUCAACUGGAAGAGAAACUGGAAGCUGCUCUUCUUCAAAUCCAGGAGUUGGAGUUAAACGCAUCUCUGAAGGAGAAACUCCGAGCUGCUACAGUAAGAGACGCCGCACAGCUAAUUGUAGAGGCGCCAACUGCGAGAAAACCCAUUCUCGUUGUUGGUGACUCAAUAGUGCGACAUGUAGGCAAUGUCAACAAGCACAUAGAGGUUGUGUGCCUCCUGGGAAUCCGAACCGAGCAGCUGCGGAGUUAUGUAGAGAGGACUUGGGAACUGGGAACGCCAGACACCGUAAUUGUACAUGUUGGUACUAACGACCUGAGGAGGAGACAUCCUGACUGUCAUGGGAGAUAUGGGUGA